AUGCAGAUGCGGCAAUUCAGAGACUUGCUUGUGUAUGACUCGGAACUGCCUGUGCAGCCCACCACACCCCUAUCAGGAUCCAGCGGUGCUCAUGGCCACUCACGCGGCGAGUCCCAGCCUAGCAAUAAUUUCCAUAACUUGCACCAGCUGCAGAUGACCCCGUCCAGGACCAGCUCGCCCCAGAUCCAGGCGCUGUCCACCGAGGCUCAGUCCACGCCAGACCUCUGCCCGACACCCAACCCGCCGCUGUCGCCGGCGGUCAUGGGCACAGCGCAGGCUGCGUUCGCGGCCAAAGAAGAGGGUGAUGCCGUUACAGUCUCCCAUGAGGAUCUGGACGGGGAAUUCAACCAGUUCGACCUGGGCUUGGAAAACUCGUCGCUGCAGGAGCGGGGUACCUGCUUGUUUGACGAGUUCCUGGUGCUGGACGACUUUGCUACCUUCUAUCUACGCUAA